GCAGCAGAGUAGCAGUAGCUCGGUGUUUCGUCGCGGAGAGGACGACUCAGAGGAUAUUCGUGGACUCCAUGAAACUAAGCAGCUGGAGGAUAAUCAAAGAGUCUGCUCUGGAUUCCUGCUGGGCCUGAAAAUACUAAUUUCUCCAGUCAUAUUGUCUGUCUCGAACAAAGUGAGAGCAAUUGAAUCUGUAUUUGGAUCUGGGUCUGUGUGUUAAACAUGGGAGACCAGCAAUCAGUCCGGCCCCUCCUGCCGCCAUUACUGCUGCUCCUGACUCUCCUGGCCAGGCUGUCUCAGCUCUGGGCCUUCCCCUUCAGCCCGUCCCUGGACCUGGAUGUCACUCCAAGGACCACCGUCUUUUCCAAAGGUCUGUUAGGCAGCGCUAGAUUCACCAGCUCUUCCCAGAACUACAGCACGCUCCUGCUGGAGGAAGAGACUGGGCUGCUGUACGUGGGAGGCAGAGGAGCUCUGCACGCGCUCAACACCUCCAACAUCUCCUCCCCUUCAAACCUCACGAUCGAUUGGAAUGCUUCCCCUGAACAGAAGAAACAGUGUCUAAACAAAGGCAGAGACAAUAAGACAGAGUGCUACAAUCAUAUCCGCUUCCUGCAGAGAUUCAAUGAGACUCACCUGUACGUCUGUGGAACAAACGCCUUCAGACCUCUUUGUGCUUACAUAGAUGCAGAGCGGUUCAACUUCACCUCUGGCUUUGACGAGGGCAGAGAAAGGUGUCCCUAUGACCCAACAAAGGGAUACACUGGCCUCCUCGUAGACGGUGAGAUGUUCACAGCCUCUCAGUAUGAGUUUCGAAGCUCUCCAGAUGUGCGCAGAAACUUCCCCUUCCCUACGCUCAGGACUGAGGAGGCCCCCACUCGGUGGCUUCUGGAGGCAGAUUUUGUGGGCUCUGUGCUGCUGAAGGAGAGUAUUAACAGCUCUAUCGGUGACGACGACAAGAUUUACUUCUUCUUCACCGAGAGAAGCCAGGAGCAGAUUGCCUACCCGAGCCAGACCAAGGUGUCCAGGGUCGCCCGAGUCUGCAAGAAUGACUGGGGAGGCCAGAGGACCCUGCAGAGGAAGUGGACCUCUUUCCUUAAGGCCAGAAUGGUGUGUUCAGUCCCAGAAUAUGAGCUGCACCUCAACGUCCUGCGCAGUGUGUUUGUCCUGCAGGGUCGGGACGCACAAAGCAGCAUCUUCUAUGGUGUCUUCGGCCUGGAAUGGAAGAAUAUCAAAGCCUCUGCUAUCUGCCAGUACGCCUUCUCAGAUGUGCAGAAGGCUUUCGAUGGGCCGUACAUGGAGGUGCAGGACUCAAAGUGGAGGGAGUUCACGGGGAAAGUUCCAGAGCCAAGACCUGGAUCUUGUAUAACAGAUGCUCACAGGUCACAGGGCAUUAACUCGUCUCGGGACCUGCCAGACAAUGUCCUCACUUUUGCCAGAAGGCACCCACUCAUGGCCAGCCAGGUGCACCCAAUAGGGGUUCGCCCACUCAUGUUCAAGAGGAGUGUCAACUAUGUCAAGAUAGUCGUGCACAAGGAGCCAGCGCUGUAUGGCAACAUUUAUACCGUUCUGUUUUUGGGAACUGAUGACGGCUGGCUGCACAGAGCUGUAGACAUUGGUGGAGACAUGCACAUCAUAGAGGAGCUUCAGCUGUUUGACAAACCCCAGCCCAUAGAGAGCAUGGUCAUAUCCUCUGCUCUGAGGAGUAUUUAUGUUGGCUCCUACUCCGGUGUCGUGCAGGUACCAAUGUCCGCCUGUGAGAGAUACACUUCCUGUUACGACUGUGUGUUCGCCAGAGAUCCCUUCUGUGGCUGGGACGGGAAUGCGUGUGUGGAAAUAUCCUCACAUGCACAGAGGUCGAACCUAACCCAGGAUAUUUCAAAGGGGAUCAGAGGGUGCAAGGAGAAUUCAGGAAAUGUGGUCCAUCGGAGGCGUUCUGUGAUGUCUGGUGACGACGUGCUUCUCCAGUGUGAAUUGCGUUCCAACCUGGCAACUCCACGCUGGAUGCUGAAUGGCAAAGAGCUCCAGGGAUAUGGCCUGAAUUCGGGCUACCGCAUCGGCACAGAUGGCCUCCUCAUAAUCGGUGCUCGUUCCCUGCAGAGCGGGUCUUAUCGCUGCUUUGCUGUCGAGAACUCCGUCUCAGUCCUGGUUUAUCUCUAUACAGUCAAGGUACACACGGACUCGUACUUCCCUGUGGAGCCUGAAUCCACAACUUACCCCACCACAGUUUCCAGCCCGACUGUUUUCUCCACCAGCAGCCACGAGCAGCCUCUGCCCUCACCUCCCGCCCCACUGCCUCCGGGGGCCGAGUUCCAGACCUAUAGACACAUGGAGGCCGUGUACAUCUCCCUGGUGGCGGUUCUCGGAGGGCUCUGCUUGGUGUUGACUGUGGUGCUGCUUUAUGUGAGCUUCUGCACCAGACGGACCCGUCGGGACCGCAAGUUCUCCCAGCAGGAGAUGCACGUCCUGGGGGCCUCUGAGAGAAAGAGGAGCUCACAUCUGGAACUUAAAACCAUCACGGGCCACUGUAACGGCCGCCAGGGUCGUCGCUCCAUCUCUAUGACAACCUUUGGAGACAUCGGUGACGGCUUCCUGCAGAUAGUUCCAGGGGAGGGCCAGUUCUCCCCAUGCAAAACGCCUCCCCCUGCCCCUCCUCUUCCCAUGCCACCUCCGCUGCCCAACAUUGACUACGCCAACGGGCUGUCAGCCACUCUGCCCAGUGUGCUGCGGAAGAUGAACGGGAACAGCUACGUGCUGCUGAGGCAGGCCGACCACGAGGGCAUGUCGCCACUCUACCACUCCUUCACAGAGGAGCUCAACAAGAUCCUGGAGCAGAGGAAACACACACAGCUGGACCUUCAGCCGGAUGAAAGUUCCAUAUAGGACGCCCCUCUCAGGCUCAGUCCCACAAUUAUUUAUUUUAUACCCCAACGGUGACCUGUAGUGGUGGGGAGAACUGACUGUCGUAUCAAAGGCUGCUGUUAUUUACCCAGUGUCAGAGUACCUCGCCUGAUCUAAAAUGUGCAGGCUCCCUUGUCUCCCAUGACAAAUGGCCCAGGAUUUCACUUCAACAACGGACUACACUAACCAGACAUUAAUAAUCCAAAAAGUGGAGUUGUGAAGAUUUUGGUCAAAGACUGUGCUGUUGCAGAAGUGCUAGGAGAAGGGAGCUUAAUGCUUCCUCUGCUGAGACUUUCUGGAGGCUUGUGAAAGAUCGGGGUCAUACAUGUGUGACGUAGAAGAUGCAAACUAGGACAUGAAAAUAAGUCAGGCCAAGAGGGGACCACAAAUAUAUGAGACUGUGUAAGUGUUCAGGAUUUUUCGUGCCAUGUAAUGUAAGCCUUCUAUGGAACUUAAAGUGAUACUCCACCAAAAAUCUACCUUUUGUGCAUUGUUAAAUCAUUCUACCUUUCACCUGAUGUGCUUUCCACCUCAGAGCCUUUCGUGAGCUAUGGACAGUUGUUGGAAGGUCACAGUGCUUGAAUGAGCAAAGAAUGCAACCUAUUUGGAUUCAUUAGCUGCUAUUGGCCACCUCCAGGUGUGUCUCAGCAGUGGAUAAUAAGGACACAUUCCCUUAUCUCCCCCAAACCCCUGUGUGUGACAUUUGAGCAUGUGAACUAAUACAACAAAUUGAAGGACUACUAAAAGUUUUAAAUGAGCUCAAUUAUAAGUAUAAAGUUGGUACAAUAAUGGUUUAGAAGAUUCAUGUCUAUUAAAAGAGAAAACACUUCCAAAUAGGAAUCCAUUGUGAGGAAUUAUCUAUAGUUAUUUUCAGGAUCGAUUUCCAAAUAAUUUUUGUCUAAUAAUGUCAGAAAGGUGUAUCAAAUGCACUUUACAUUUUCCCAGAGUCCAGUGUGCCUUCUUGAAAUUGCUGACAAACAUUCAUAAACCCCAAAAUAUCUUAUAAGAAAAUAUCCAACAGAGAAAAAUUAGCAAAUGCUCACAUUUGAGAACCUCUGUAUUUUUUGCCUCUAUUUUCUGCAUACUACAUAUGACAGUCACCCUUCAAGCCCCCAGGGGAAGCCUGUUUGAUACUCAUAAGAUAGAUUUGAUGAGGAGUAUCACUUUAAGAAGCUGUUACAGUUCACAAGGGCUCAGGUGGUGAGACAAAUCUUCCAUUUAAGUUAUUUAAAGCUAUUCUUUCUUCAUUUUCUUCUGCUCUCAUGUAGAUUGCUGCAACAGUUAGUAGCUCUUUCGUGUGUUAAUGGAAAUACCUGUAGCAAAGCUUCUGUUAGCAUCAAUGUAAGAAAAGAGACCCAGCUUGAGUGGUCUAUUAAGGGAGCAGUUUGUUUGUGGUCAGAUUGAUUGAAUUCACUUAAGACCACAGACUGGCUCCGGGGCCAUUGGGAAACCACAACACAAUGAAAACAAACAGCUGUAAAGGAAAUGUGCUACUUUAUAUUUAUAUAGCUCCUCUCUGUCGUGGUCAGACGUUUGCCUUGUUUUUGGAUGAUCAUUCAUAACACCUUAAAGAUGUUGCUUUCUCUCGAGACGCUAAAAGUUUCAUGCCAUCCUUUUCUUUUCAGACACAGACAAAAUAUCUGGGAUCUUACAAAAUGAUGCUAAAAAGAGUAAAUUGGUUUUCAUCAACUUCUGAAAAUGGUCCCCUUUUGUGAAGAGCCUGCAAGGGGCCAUUUGUCAAUUCAGAGAAGACCUUCACACAAAGGCAUCCUCUGUGUUUACCUGACAUCAGAGCAAGGCCAAAACAGCAAGAACCGCAGACCGUACAGUAUUUACUUGGCAAGGUGAACUAUGAUUAAAUAGUAGGUAUAACUUAGACGGGCUGAAAUGAAUCUCUAAGUAGUUUGUAAACGCGUCACUGUCAGGGGUAAAUAAAGAUCUGUCUUUCCCGGCAAAGUGUUGAAUCAGCUCUCGUAGCGGUGGCUCAGCAGCAGCCCUCGACGGGGACUCUCAGCAAGCAUCUGUCAGAGCGGUGCUGACAGUAACAGCGGGGCUUGGCUCGCCUCCACGAGGAGAGGACAGGGGCUUUUUGUCUGUUUGCAUAGAGUGCUGUCCUCUCACAAGGUAGAAGCAGACAGAAAACAUUUGACCUGAGUGUCCUGGUUAGCCAUGCAGGAAACAGACGAUGAUACAAGGAGGCAGCAGCUAUUUUGCACCCGCAGGUUUUUACAGUAGUUGUCCUCUUGUCUGCCUUGUAAGCCAGUCUAUUUUGAGAAUAUGGUCCAGGGAUUGUGCACUUUAUGCAGACUGAUAAAUGUCCUUGCCCGGAUGGAGGGAAAUCUGUUUGACAUCAGUGUGAUUAAACAGUACUUUGUUUUGUUUGAGACAUGAAUAUUGUUGGGGAUAGAUCGGCCAAAGGUGUAUGAUUCAUGGCCUGUUCCACUUUAUGAAAGCAGGAUUUCUGGUCAUUCACCUUUAAACAUGGAUGACACAUCAUUUUGUUCACUGGUAGCAAAUUGAACAUUGAACCUGCUUCUAUUGAUUAGGUUUCCUAAUGAUUUUUUAUCUGGCUAUCUCAUUGUGACCUUAUGCGAAGUCUCUGUCUCAGUAGCUACAGUAUAUACUGUGUAGACUUGUUUCUUUAGGAGAUUCCGACUUUAUAAAAUGCUAGCGUUUUGCUUUUUCCAUACAAGAAGCUAGACAGAAAAUAGACAGAUAGUAAACCUUUUUUAGAGUACGCUUCAUCACUUGACUGCUGGAUAAAAUCAUUUCAUUGGAUGCCAACAAAAACUUAAGAUUAGGUGAAGGGGUCUUACUCCAAAUGUAUUCCUUUUCAACAUUGCUAAAAUGGCUAUACUCCUCCCCAUAUGGCUAUGUGCCAUGAGAAAAACUUUUUCCUUUUUCCAAGGCUCCCCACUUUCAGCGAUUGUGUUUGGUCUCAUGGAUCAAUCCAAACACGGGCAUUAUUUGGGGUGGAGCUGAAUAGAAAAUGUCUAAUGCAGUUGAUCUGCUGUUAUACAGUUCAGAUCCCUCUAAACAUAUAUCAUAUGUAUUGGACUACUUCUCAUAUAUUUGGCUAUAAAUACAACUUAAGAAACAGUGAAACAUUGUCAGUUCAACUAUAAAUCCAAAGUUGCUCAGAUCUCAGCCAUGAAGAUCCCCUUAGAAGUGUUUCUCUGUAUGAUUUCUCACCUGUGUGUCCUACUCAGCCUUGCAGAAAAUUGAUGACGAUACACAUUUGCACUUUGCAUGUUUUGAACCUUUUAUCAGCCUUUUAAACCAUUUCACUUGUUUUUUCAUCCUCAUCCUCAUUCCUCCCCUCUCUCCCUCUCUCCUGCCUCUUUCCCGUCUCAUCAGCUCUCAUGACAGAAUCAUCUAUUACUCUCUCUGCUCACAUUCACACUCUCUCAAGGACCCUGCUGAGUUUACAAAUGCCAUAGUGGCCCCCAAUCCAUUAGAACAAGUUUUUAUAUAGCCCUAGAGUUGGUGUUUGUGAAACAAAUUGGUUUUCUGCAUUAGUUUAACAUGCUACUUGCCAUUUAAGGCUGAAUCAGACAGAGUUAAUAUGAAUCUGUGUCUCACAAUUAUAAUGUGCUGCAUGGAUCAGAGAGGUUGGAUAUUUUCUGAUCCAUGUGAAGAAAUGUUCUUGUUGGGUUACGUUUAAUUGCAAGUUCAAAAUGUGUAAAAUGAUUGCGGUUUCUACCGAGUUCAACAUGUCACUAUACGGUACUAACACAUUUAUUAUAUAAAGACUUCCAUUAUCCAGUUCCCCUAUGACAGAGCUGUUGACAAUCCUUCACAUGUUGAGAGCUUUGUCUGAAUCUGCGACCUUUGCUGCUGCUUCAUUCUCAUUUAAGGACAAUCUGUUUACAAAGUACACUGUCUCUGCCCUGUAUUCUAUAUGGACUUUAAAUAUGGCUAACAUAUCACCUUACAUUCACCUUGUUUGUACACACGAAUCCAGAGUGAAGCAAAUACAUCUGCAUCAAUAUGCAAGAUGCAGUAUAUUUUACGUAGAUUCUUUUUUAGGUGUCGGCCAAAGACAGUAGUUAGAGUUCAUUAUGCACUGUUAGUACUUUUUUAAAAGUCAUAUGAUAUACUCUUUUAAACUGUGACACUUUGACGGGAGAGGAUGAGGGCCAGGUGUGAACAUUUUUGGGAGAUCUGACCAAAAGUGAUUUUCUUUUCUGAGAUUAAAGUCAGAUUUCUGUGUUUUUCUCAGAAUUCUGACUUCAAUCUCAGAACAACGUUUUUACUGUUGGUCAGAUCUUAGAAACCAAGUGGCCCUAAUCCUCUUCCAUACACUCUCCAUCAUGUGGUUUCUGUAUGAUUUUUAAUGUAGAUAAUACCCUUAUCUAUGUGCUCAGAAUAUAACCGGCUUCCUGUAAGAUUUAACCACCUAAGCUGUUGCAGACUUUUUAUGUUGUGUCUCAUGUCUUAUUUAUUGAAGCUCAUUAAAUUUCAACUUGCCUCUGUGCAGAUUAAAUAACACUUAUGUUCAGCUUGGGGGGAAACAAAAACGUCAGUGUCAAGAGCCUUGAGGGGAAGACAGGAAGUGACUUGCAAAACAUGCUCAAACUGAAUCCAACUCUCCAGACGCCACAACACUCGGUUGUUUUUAGCUUGUGGCAAGCGACAAGGCCACUGGGAAUUCCACUGGGAAUGGAGCCCACAUGAUCCCUGAGUAAUUUACAUAUAUGACUCUGACAGAGCAGAGGUAUAACAUAAGCUCAGAGGGGGGGAUAAAAUGACCAUAUUUAAGAGCAAGGCAGUAACUUAGCAACAGCAUCUUUAUUUAGAGUCUUAAAUGUCCUAGCGUGGGUCUAGCUUUGCCAGUUCCUAUUGGGGAGCGCGGGGUGAGGAGAGUACAGUGGCCCUGAUAUCUGUAAUUGGUCGCAUAGAUAAAUUAAAUGGCAGGAAAUUAGCAUUCUCACACAAUCAUUCUUUUAUUCCUUUUCAGGCUAAAACAUUUUAAUUUCACCUAAAUUUGGUGAUAUAAGUAAACAGAUCAGCCAAAUGUCACCACCUUUAUUUGCAUACACACUUUAUACGCAUUAUGUAUCACAUCAGGAACUGCAGUCGUUUUUUGGCUGAGAGUAAUUCAGAGGGGGAGGGCAUCCACAUCCUUAUCAAAUAUUCACCUCAAGUAUAGAUACUUGGGAAAAAAAUGAGUGAAAUCAGCACAAGUAUCCCGCUGCAGAGCUCUGCUCCACUGUCUCUCACUGAUCACCAUCAUCUGCAGUCGUUUCACACUCAUAUUCUACAUGCAUUCUCUCAGAUAUACCCAAACCAUUUCCUAGUGGCCAGAACUAUGUAUGCCAGCAGAACAGUAUCCAUCAAUCAACAGGAACAAGCAAUCCGUCCUGCUGGCACCUUUCAUGCCUAUUUGUAUUCAUCUGAAGACCGGUUGUAUGGGCGUAUUUCGUUGAGAACUACGUUGCGGUUAUUUGUUAAGGAAUGAAAGGGACAGCCGGCGUGAGUUUCACCGUAAAAGAUUAUGAAUUUAGGGUGAGAACUGCAAAGAAAGCAGUGAGGAUAUUUCCCUGGACUCUGGUUUCAGACUGAGGGUCAAAAGAGGCACUGCAGCACUGGCAGUAUGAGAAAAAAUAAAGAACUUCUUGAACAUUAAAGCUAGUAAACGUGUCACAGUAGACUCAACUAUGAACCUAAAAAUGAGCAUUUAGGGGCCCCUUCAAAACAUUUCCCUCAAGUUAUCACACAACUUUCUGUAAUGUUAAUUUAGGGAUUGGUAGAUCAUCAAGGAAACAGCCAAACCUUAUCAGUAUUUAAAACUGUAAAAACAUGUACAUUCCCUUGUGUCAUGGAAAUAAAGAAAGGUCUUCCUCUUA